CCGAAGACGCCGGUUUGACUCUCAUUCCUUGCUUGGAGGGCUAAGAUGCUGUCGAGGGGUACGAUAUAAAAAUGGAAGAAUGUGCAUAGAGCAUUCACUUUUGUAAAGAUAUCAAGCAAUUUGAUAGAAUGGCAGUUGAUCAUGAGGCCUCUUCUUCUUCAUCCUCUUCUGGUUGGAGUUUUGAAGUGUUCUUGAGCUUUCACGGCAAAGACGUUCGCACCAAUUUCGCCGAUUACCUCUUCCAGGACUUGGUUGGGGCUGGAAUUCGAACGUUCAGAGACGAUGAGGAGCUUAGCAAGGGAAAUGAAAUUGGGCCGGAUCUACUCGCUGCAAUCCAGCAGUCAAUAAUCUCCAUUCCCAUAUUCUCGAAGAACUAUGCUUCGAGUAAAUGGUGUCUCAAUGAGGUAAAGGAGAUAUCUGAAUGCAAAACUACAAGGAAUCAGAUCGUCUACCCCAUUUUCUACAAAGUUGAACCGACGGAUGUGCGAAACCAGACCGGCGGAUAUGCGAAGGCCUUUAAGGUACACCACAAGCGCUUCGACAAGACAACGGUCCAAAAAUGGCGAGAUGCUCUGAAAGAUGUUGGAAAAUUGGAUGGAUGGCAUUCGAAGGAAGACACGUAUGAAGGGAAAUUGGUAAAAGAAGUUGUCAAAAAAGUUUGGAAUACAUUGAACAAGAGACUUUUGCAUGUUUCUAACAAGCUAGUUGGAAUCCAAUCUCAUAUAGAAGAAAUGGUAACGCUAUUAGAUAUUAAAUCUGGCACCAAAAAAAUUGUGGGGAUCCACGGCCUCGGCGGAAUCGGAAAGACAACAAUCGCUAGGGUUGUCUACAACACAAUGCUUGCUCACUUUGAAGGAUAUACAUUUAUUGAAAAUAUUCGAGAGAAUGCUGAAAAACAUGGGAUUCAUUAUCUGCAAAACCAACUCAUCAAAGAUGUUCUGAAACAAGAAAAUCCAAAUAUUACUAAUGUGGAUACUGGAAUUAAAGUGAUUCAGCAAAGAUUCCACAAAAAAAAAGUUCUUCUUGUUCUUGAUGACGUGGAGCAAGAUAUUCAAGUAAAGUAUUUGGCUGGGGACCGUGAAUGGUUUGGUAUUGGAAGUAGGAUCAUUAUCACGAGCAGAAAUAAGGAUAUUAUAAUUGCUCCAAAAUCGGAUGCGAUUUAUGAGCCCAAGGUAAUGGCUCCAAAAGAUUCUCUUAAACUUUUUAGUCGUUAUGCGUUUGGAAGGGACUGGCCUCUAGAAGAUUAUUUGGAUCUCUCAAAAGCUAUAGUAAAAACUACUGGAGGACUUCCCUUGGCUCUUCAGGUUAUAGGUUCAUCUUUAUUUAAGAAGGAAAUAUCAAUAUGGAAAUGCAUGUUAAAGAAGUUGCAAAAAUUUCCCAAUAAUGAUGUUAUGAAAAGCUUGAAAAUAAGUUAUGAUGGAUUAGAAGAUGCGCAGCAACAAAUGUUUCUUGAUACUGCUUGUUUUUUCAUCGGAAUGAAUAAAGAAAUUGCAUGUCAUAUAUGGGAAGGGUGUGGUUUUUAUUCUCAAGUAGAACUUGAUGUUCUUUGUGUGAAGUCUUUGAUAAUGAUAAGUGAAGAUGGUAAGCUAAGGAUGCAUGAUAUUCUUCGGGAUCUUGGAAGGGAUAUUGUUCGUCAAGAGAGCAUAAAAAAGCCAGGGGAGCGUAGUCGAAUAUGGUUUCAAGAGGAAGUCUUGGAUGUAUUGGUUAACCAGAUGGGAACAAGUAAAUGUGAAGGACUCAGUAUUGACUUCAGCAGUGGAUCAAGGAGCCAAUGUUUGAUGAGUGAUGGAUUUGCUGCAAUGACUGAACUAAGGUUACUCCAACUUGAUCAUGUACAAUCUUCUGGGAACAUCACCAACUCUUUUUCAGAACUAAGAUGGCUUAGUUGGAGAGGAUGCCCUGACCAAUUUGCGCUAACCAAUUUUUGUCCACAAAAUCUGGCUGUUCUUGAUCUAUCAAAUAGUGAGAUUACAGAAAACUGGAUGGGUUGGAACUGCAUCAAGAAGGCAGGAAAACUAAAAGUUCUAAAUCUGACAUCUUGUCAUCAACUUUCAAGUAUUCCUGACAUUUCAAAAAAUGAACUUUUGGAGGUCUUCCCUCAACUUCAACACAUCUCAGGUUGCAAGUCAAUGGUAAAACUAUCAAGUUCAUCAGGAGGCUUAAGAUAUUUGGAGUCAUUACAUCUUCAUCAAUGCUAUAGACUAGAAGAAAUUGGACUCCCUGGAGGACUUCAACAUUGAUGGGCUCAAUAGAGCUAAAGACUUUAAAGCUUUAUUGUAGCAGUGUCAUAUCCGAUUUUGAAGGUGAGGGGCUGGACCCUUUGGAGGUGUUGGAGACACAGCAUUGUGAAUCAUUAAGAAAAAUACCAAAUCUGCCAGAUUCGAAAAGGCUGAGGAAACUGAAAAUCAGUUAUUGUGGGGAAUUAUCUGAGAUUGAGUACCUUGAAGAUCAUGAAUCCCUACAAAAAUGAUCAAUUACAGGGACCACAUCAUUAAAAACAUUAUCAGAUAUCUCAAUCCUGAAGAACAUGAGCUAUUUAGGAAUCAUUGAGUUCCACUCGAUGGAAAGAUUACCUGAUCUUUCAAAUUUAAAAGAGUUGUGGGAAUUAGAGAUUGUGGAUUAUGGGAAGUUAACCGAAAUUUCAGGCCUUGACAGAUUGGAAUCCUUGGGGAAAUUGAAAAUUGAAAGAUGCAUAUCCAUAUAAAGAUUACUGGAUCUGUCAGAUGUAAGAAAUUUAAAGGAGCUAAAUAUUGAAUACUACAAGAAGCUAAUUGAGAUCAAGCUUGUAAUGGAUUGAAAUUUUUGGAACACUUGGAUGUUUAUGGGUGUAUAUCCUUGGAAAAAAUAUCAUCGGAUCUGACAAAGUCAAAGAAAUUGUUGAUAAUAAAGGAUGAAAUAGUAGCUGCACUGUGGCGCUGGUGCACCCAACGGGAGAUCUAACAAUUAUCAAACCUUCCACACAAUAUCAUAUAAUUGUACAUGAUAGAUUUUAUUCAAGGCUGUCAUGAGCAGAAAAGGGAGAGGCAGUUGCUUUGCUGCUUUCUCCAUGCUCUCUAUCCAGUGCUGUUGAAUUGCCGCCCAAGUGGAAGCCAAUUCACCAUAUUCCUCACUGCUACUCCGCAAUCUUUCUGUCACUUGCCUGGUCUUUCAAAAAUCUAAUUUUGUCAUGUUGGGUUUUGUUUCAAGGUUGAUUCUCUCUGUUGUCCUUGGAGUUGGCUUGCAAUUUGCAUCAAGAUUACAGAACUUUAAUGGCAGUGGGACUUACAUUCUUCAGUCAUCACCAAAGAAAGAAGUCAAUACAUCGAAAUUCAUUGCUGAAUACUUAUAUCGCAGUUGCUAAGAAGCCCUAGAAGAAAGGUUCACAAAGCAAUGGGGAGUCGAAUUCAUCCGCAGCAAAUUGAGGGUAGCCUUCUUUGUCGUUGGUCCUGUAUGUAUAUGAGGUUCAUGUCUCGUUUAUCUCAUGAUUACUGGGUAUUUUGUAUCUGAAAUGGCCAGCGGGUCAUAUUUUGCUUCCAUGUUUAUUGUUAAUUUGCUCCAUCAGUUCUUUAGCCACUGGGUCUUUCAAUGGGAAUGUUAAGACAUGUGACGGAAGGUUGCACACAACUUGUGCUCCUAGUUUCCCCCCGUGUCGUUCUAUUGGUAAUCUACAUAUUCUGAAAGAAUGCAUGAAACUCAAUAGUUGCAGAUUUAACGAUAUUUUUGAAUUUAAAGCCAUAGGUAAACUGAGAUGUACAUAAUCAAAACUAGCAUGUGCAACUGUUUGAGUUACAACACCAGAAGAUACGAAGUACAUCUGGUUGGCGGUUUCUUCUUGAUCCCUUUUCAUAUUUGGCAAGGGCGGAAUCAGAGAAGAUACGAAGGUAAAGGUAGAACUUCUAAGCUAGUUAUCUUUUUUCUCAAACGUGACUUCCAAGAAGCUAGUAUCUUAAUGGCCUCCAAAGUGAAAUCAGUUGAUGACCUGUUAAUUUCAAAGUAUCUUGGUGCAGUAAUCCACCCUUUCCCUCCGCAAAGAAUUAUAGAAGUUCAUUGGUGUUAGCCUGAAUUGGGAUGGACCAAGCUUAAUAUUGAUUGUUGUUCUCUUGGGGAUUUCGUGCCAUGCUUGUGCAGGUGGGAUUUUCAGAAAUUCAGCGGGUUCCCCCCAAGGUUGUUUCUCAAAUUCUUUAGGAGUUUAAAACUAAUUUCUCUGCUGAAUUCAGUGUUUUCUUCAUUGGGUUACAAAUAGCGAGGGAGAUUGAUAUUCAAAACUUAGGAAUUGAAUUGGAUUCCCAUGCAAUUGUGAUUUGUAUCUUGAAUCUCUGUCUCAUGGAGGUUUCUUCAACAAUGGAAUCACUCUGCUGAGUUUCUUUCUUCCAUCUCUUGGAAUAUAUCACAUUGCUUUAGGGAAGCAAAUUCAGCUUCUGAUUUGCUAGCAAAGAAAGGAGAAGAAAAUCAAGUUUUUUCAGUUUACUGGCCGAUGCACCCUCUGUAUAUUAGUCAUGAAAUCAGUUGGGAUGCCCAACUUCCAUUUUGAUAAUUAGUGGAUUUUUUCAAGAUGUUUGCAUAUUAGCUUCUUUCUAAGGUUUUCUGCUGAUGGCCAUGCCGAAGGUGGAACCUUAUUUAGAAGUUCUUUGAUCUUGUGCUCUGUUGAUGGCUAUGCCGAAGGUGGAAUCUUAGGAUCUAGUCUCUGUAAUUUUUUUAUUUUUUUCGUCUUGGUAUGCCUAGACAUUAUCCAUGUACAUCCAAUUUGUUUUAUUUAUUUAUUUAUUUUUAAUUUUUUAAAUUUUAAAUUUUAUUUAUUUAUUAUUAUUAUUAUUUUUAAUAUAUUAUUUUGCUGAUUUUUAGAAAAAAGAAAAGAAAAGAAAAGAGUUACAAUACCAUAAUUGAGUAACAAAAUUACAUCUGGAAAAUUGUGGAAGCCUGUUAUGAUCUUUUGACAUUGGCAUGGUAUGUUUCUGAAUAAGUGAGCUCUAAGCUAAGUAUUGGAUUUGUGUCCUUACUCGUAACAUGUGUUUCUUGAGUUUACACAUGGUAAGAAUGGGUGCAUAUUUUUAUUUGGGGAAUUGAGAUUGCAAUCCAUAAAUAAUUCAGCUGAAUCAUUUGUCUUUUAAGGUGUCUGUGGAAAGUAUAAUCUCCACUUUACUGUUAUUGAUGGUGCAGUGCAUCUUACUCUAAUCAUAUAUUUGUAAUUCAUCAAGCUCCAAAAAUCAUUAUUCAAGAAUGUAAGUCAUCAGGAAAGAUGUGAAGGUUGUUCCUCCUUUGUGAGAAGUAUUGCAAACUACUGUAGAUUGGAAAUAGGUUCCAUAUAUGCAUAUGCAGCUUAAAAUUUCAAACAAAUCUUACUGGAAAAGCUUAGAAUAGUGGUGAGUUAUACUAACAUGAGUUGUAUCCAAUAUGUUUCAUCAACUUGUAUUGUUCAUUAUUAAAAAUUGAAUGCACUAAUUAUGUACAUUUUAGUAUUCAUUUUUUUUCAUGUUCA